AUGGCCUUCCUCUUGUGCCUACUCUUUAUCCUCUCUAUUCUGGCUCAAAAACAGGCCUUUGGUGCUAAAUUAACAAUUUCUCAGCAGCAUCCAAAUGGAAAAAUCCAGUAUGGCAUCACUGAGGGGAGCCUUCGACCUCAAGAAUGUGGAGGAAGAUGCAGAAAUAGAUGCUCAAAGACAUCGUUCAAGAAGCCAUGCAUGUCCUUCUGCCAAAAAUGCUGCGCAAAGUGCUUGUGCGUGCCACCGGGCACGUACGGUAACAAGCAAGUUUGCCCUUGCUACAACAACUGGAAGACCAAAAGGGGUGGACCAAAAUGCCCUUGA